AUGGCCACCCCCCCCAAGCGCGGCCGGGCCCAGAGCGGCGUCAAGAAGAUCGCCAUAGAGGGCAACAUCGCUGCAGGAAAAUCAACAUUUGUGAAUAUUCUCAAACAAGCUAGCCAGGAAUGGGAAGUUGUUCCUGAGCCUGUAGAAAGAUGGUGCAAUGUUCAAAGCUGCCAAGAGGAUGAUGAGGAGCUGACGACGUCACAGAAAAGUGGGGGGAAUGUGCUCCAGAUGAUGUAUGAGAAACCGGACCGGUGGUCUUUCACCUUCCAGACGUAUGCCUGCCUGAGCAGAAUCCGGGCUCAGCUCAAAUCCCUUAAUGGGAAAAUCAGAGAGGUGGAGAACCCUGUGGUCUUCUUUGAGCGAUCUGUGUAUAGUGACAGGUAUAUUUUUGCAUCUAAUUUAUAUGAAUCUGAUUGCAUGAAUGAGACCGAAUGGACAAUUUACCAAGAUUGGCAUGAAUGGAUGAAUAAACAGUUUGGUCAAAGCCUUCAACUAGAUGGAAUCAUUUAUCUCAGAGCCACUCCUGAGAAAUGCUUAAAUAGGAUUUACUUGCGUGGAAGAGAUGAAGAACAAGAAAUUCCUAUUGAAUAUCUGGAGAAACUUCACUACAAACAUGAAAGCUGGCUUCAGCAUAGAACAUUGCGGACGGAUUUUGAAUACCUGGAAGAAGUACCCAUCUUAACACUGGAUGUUAAUGAAGAUUUCAAAGGCAACAAAGACCAGUAUGAAAAUAUGAUUGAAAAGGUCAAGGAAUUUUUGAGCACUUUAUAA